AUGUCUUCCAUCCUGAAAUCAGCAAAGGGAUUGCCCAUUUUCUUAGGAAAAUUCCUAUUUUCUAUUCUGAAGGCUUUGAUUUUUACCAUAAUUUCAAAGCCACGGAAGAACGUUGCUGGUGAAAUAGUCCUCAUAACAGGCGCUGGGAGCGGACUGGGAAGGCUCCUAGCCUUGCGAUUUGCCUGCUUAGGAUCUGUGCUUGUUCUCUGGGAUGUCAAUAAGGACGGGAACGAGGAGACAUGCAGGAUGGCUCGGGAAGCUGGAGCCACGCGGGUGCAUGCCUACACCUGUGACUGCAGUGACAGGGAAGAAAUAUACAGAGUGGCCCAUCAGGUUAAAAAUGAAGUUGGUGAUGUUUCCAUCCUAAUCAACAAUGCCGGGAUUGUAACAGGAAAGAACUUCCUCGACUGCCCAGAUGAGCUUAUGGAAAAGUCGUUUGAUGUGAACUUCAAAGCACAUUUAUGGACUUACAAAGCCUUUCUCCCUGCUAUGAUUGCUAAUAACCAUGGACAUUUGGUUUGCAUUUCAAGUUCAGCUGGAUUAGUUGGAGUAAAUGGGCUGGCAGAUUAUUGUGCAAGUAAAUUUGCAGCCUUUGGAUUUGCUGAAUCUGUAUUUACAGAAACAGUUGCCCAAAAACAAAAGGGGAUCAAAACCACAAUUGUGUGCCCAUUUUUUAUAAAAACUGGAAUGUUUGAAGGUUGUACUACUGGCUGUCCUUCUCUAUUGCCAAUUCUGGAACCAGAAUAUGUGGUUAGAAAAAUAGUAGAUGCUAUUCUGCAGGAACAACUGUACCUGUAUAUUCCAAAGUUUUUAUACUUCAUAAUGUUUUUAAAAAGUUUGCUGCCCCUCAAGACAGCACUGCUUAUAGCUGAGUACCUGGACAUCCUUCAUGUAAUGGAUGGCUUCACUGGCCAAAAGACGAAAGACUGAAGACCAACUGUAUGGCUGAUGUGAACUGAUACCCAGCGUUGCAUAAUACUUAUUGCAAUGAAGAAAAGUACUUUUGUCCGACAGUAGAAUAUAUCUGGAGACCACAAGUAUCAUUCUUAUUUUGCUAUCUAGACUAGAAUUUUCAACCAAUGCCUUUGAAAAUAA